AUGCUGCCACGUAUUAUGAGGCCAAAUCCAUUGCACAUUACCUUCAAGAAUCCCAACUGGCCAGCUAAUUUCAUAACUCCUGAGAACGUUCUUGAAUACUUCUGCAAUUCUGACAAUGCAUUUUACGACAAAGGCUCGUGUAACGAAAACGUGCGAAUGCAAAAUAUUUCACGGCCGUUGGAAGAAUGCUUGCUCUCAAUGACUGGUAUCCAGUACGUGUUGUGGAGUGCGCAACCGCCACUUUAUGUGAUAUGUAAACAUCGGCGAAAUAAUAUGCAAAACGUAACACCUCUUGCGUAUUAUUACAUCAUAAAUGGCACCGUUUAUCAAGCUCCAGACGUCUAUACAUUUGUUCAGUCACGAUUGCUCGGUGCUGUUGAGCCUCUUAAAAACGCUUUCGAUCAGGUCGUGCAAUAUUCGAGGUAUAAUGUAGCCAAAGGCUAUUAUUGGCAAUUUGAUAAGAAACCCGUGGUCAAGAAAGAGGAGGAGAAGCCAGAGGAAGAACAACCACUUCAAGCGCGCAGCACUCACUUCCAGAAGACGCGUACUCAUAUGUUGAUGCAGAAUCUCUUCGAAAUGUUCCCAGCUGGAAAUGCUUUGACAAUUUCGGUUGGUGAUCCUCCUGAAAAAUCGGAACCAAUGACUACAGAAGAGAAGCCGGAAACCAAUGGAGACGCUGCUACGCAACCUGCCGAAGGAACUGCUCCGCCGCCUAGCACCUCGGCCGUCAAAUCAAAGUAA